GAACGCGGGCUCGCGUCAGCUUCGUCAAAACCUGGCAGUCAGUCUCGCAAUGGCGUUAGUGGGAGAAGGUUGUGUGUCCGUUUAGUUUAGCGUUAACCCGAGCGGACACCGGCCCAAAAUAUUGGCCUGUCUAUACGUGCUCGAAUUACUGGAAAACAUUUCUUGUGAUUCUGUACAGAUAGAACGAGAUUUUUGACGACGGACAGUCAAAUUUUGGUACGAUAUCCACUCAGGGCAAAUCAUUUCAAGGUUCGUACCAUAUUCAUCAUGUUCAUCUCAUCAUAGUUCCUCUUCGUUUUAAGUGUUUGUGUAUUGUGAACGUUAGUGUUUUGUGACAGUGACAGUGUAAUAAGUGUAGUGAUGGAUCCCGGAUCACCUUCAGUUCUGUGGCCGUUGCGCCUGAGCAAACCCGCGGUGACAGUCCCGGUAUCGCCCGGGGAGAACAGCAAGGCGGAGGACAGGUCGCAGUCGCCAUCGUUGGCAGAGCGGCUGUCGGCCGCCCCCUCGCCCUCGAGCCCGGCUCCAACCAGCCCCGCACCACCCCAACACCAAUUCCAAGCGGCGCUCGUCGCUGAAAAAUACCUCCUCCUCGAACAAGUGGAGGGAUCAUCGUUAUGUAGAUGUGUGGACGUGCGCACGCAAGAGGAAUAUGUUUGCAAAGUAGUGUCAAGGGACUGUAGUAGCUUAUUACAAGCGCACUACCGUCUCGACGGGCACCCGCACGUCAAUCCGAUCCACGAGGUGCUGGUUGGGGACAAGAGGGUGUACCUCAUAUUCCCCCGCUCGCACUCCGACCUCCACUCGUACGUGAGAGCGAGGAAAAGACUGAGGGAACACGAAGCUAGACGGCUAUUCAGACAAAUGGCCGAAACGGUUGCGGCGUGUCAUGAGCAAGGGAUCGUCUUACGGGAUCUUAAGCUGAGAAAAUUCGUCUUUGCCGAUCCUCAGAGAACAACAUUAAAAUUGGAAUCGCUAGAAGAUGCGGUGGUGCUCGACGACCCUGAAGAAGAUUUACUUCAAGACAAGAGAGGGUGCCCCGCGUACGUGUCCCCCGAGAUCCUGCGAGCCCAUCGGACGUACUCCGGCAAGGCGGCUGACAUGUGGUCGCUGGGCGUCAUACUGUACACCAUGCUCGUCGGAAGGUAUCCUUUCAACGACUCGGAGCACGCGUCGCUGUUCGCGAAGAUCUCGCGCGGCUACUUCGUGGUGCCGGAGUGCCUCUCGUCGCGCGGCAAGUGCCUCAUCCGCUCGCUGCUGCGGCGCGAGGCGGGCGAGCGGCUGCGCGCCGCCGACGCGCUGCGCCACCCCUGGCUGGCGCGCGACCCGCGCCGCGACCUGCCGCCGCGCGCCGCCGCCGCGCUCGACCGCCGCGUGCCCGACCUGCCCGACCUGCCGCACGCGCCGCACCUGCCGCACACGCCGCACGUGCCGCACACGCCGCUGCUGCCGCCCCUGCCGCACCUGCUCGCCGACUGUCUCUAAUGCGCCGCACGCCGCACACAGCGCGUGACACUCGGCAGUCUGGUAGCGCGCGGGAGCAGUCGGACGAGCGGACACCAGGGACUAGUCUACGACGCGGUCGGUUGGAUCUGCGACGUUCCGAACUGUUCCAUAGUUAUGCGAUUCGCCCACAACGGUAGUCGUUCAUCAACAAUGUAAUAUAAUAAAGUAUCGUUAUUCAAAUGUACUGCAAAUGUUCCGGAGCGUUGCGGCGGGCGGCGCCGGCCCCGUGCAGGCCACGCGCUCCGGACGGCGGCGGCUGGCCCGCGCCGUCCGGAGCAGGGGUUGCGCGCCGACCGACGCUACUGCGAGUCGUUCGUAAUGACAGACAAGUGAGACUGAUAGCGUUCCCGCUCCCGUUCCCGCUCCCGCUCCCGUUCCCGUUCCCGCUCCCUCGGCAGCGGGAGCUCCGGCGAGAGCCGAUGCGAAGCGUUAUGUUAACUACUACGGCAACUCGUGGCGUGACGUCACCGCGCCGCAGCGGAGUUGCG